UGGUAUUACAAUUUGUAUAUGAUUCGUAUGUGAUUCUAUGUGCGUUCACGUGCGUACAUGUCCUUUACUGUGCAUUUAUACAUGAAACAUUUUGUAAAAAAUGAUUGAAGUCGAAAAUAUCGAAGAUCAAAAUGGAUUGCGCUCAGACGGUAGACGCGCAUUAGAAUUAAGACAAAUUCGAGUAAAAAUGGGGGUUUUCGGUCAAGCUGAUGGUAGUUCUUAUAUUGAGCAUGGUAAUACUAAAGUCCUGGCUACAGUGUAUGGACCGCAUCAGCCACGAGGUUCUGUGGGAAGGAGUACAAGUAAGGUUACCAAAGGUAUAGUCAAUUGUCAAUAUAGCAUGGCAGUAUUCAGUUUAUCUUCUGGGGAACGCAAACGAAAACCAAGGGGUGAUCGAAAAUCACAAGAAAGAUCACUUCAGUUAAGGCACGCUAUGGAAGCAAUAAUACAUUUAGAAUUGUAUCCACGGUCACAAAUAGACAUUUAUGUAGAAGUGCUGCAAGUUGAUGGAAGUGAUUACUGUGCAUCUGUAAAUGCAGCCACACUUGCAUUGAUUGAUGCUGGAAUUCCUAUCAAGAACUAUGCUGUAGGCUGCACUGUAACAUUAAUCAAUAUACCAUCUCUGGAAGAUGAAGAUAAAUCAUUAGGAACAGGAGUAUUAGAUGCAAAUUAUGUUGAAGAAUGUGCUCCUGGUGUUACUCUAUCUGUCGUUGCAUUACCAGUUAGUAAUACUGUAUCAAAAGAUGGCUUAAUAGUAGUAGCACAAGGAGCAGGACAAAGAUUACAUUUAUCACAUCUUGAAUCCUUGAAAGCACGGGUAUUAUAUGGAUGCCAAGAUAUAACAGUUAUGUUAGAUCGUGCUGUUAGACAUUAUUUAACAGAACAAUCUCUUCCUUCUCUGUUUCAUGUUACAUUAGAUUAGGAAUUAAGAUAGAAAAAUUGUACACAGGAAUGUAAUAUUACAAACUAUAUAUUUAAACCUUUUCAUACAAAAUUUUAUACAAAAGCUUCUUUAAAAAAAUUAUAGUUCUUCUGGAAAAUAUAUUUAUUUGUUAUAUAAUUUAC